AUGCAUUCAACUCUAAUUAGUACUAGUAAUAGUAGUUCAGCUUGUCGUGAUCAUCAAUCAUCAAACGAACUAACAUCAAUUCAUUCAGCAUUAAUUAAUGAAGUUUAUGAUAUUCCAAUGAAUGAAAUUAAUCGUCCGUUACAAUCAAUAUUUAAUGAAGAUAAAGUACAAUCAUUUAUGGAAACUAUUCAAGUAAUAGUAAAUGGAUAG